UAAAGCUGUCUGCCACAGCGUCUCGAGGUUCGGCCUGUCCCCUUACACGCUCUCCACGCGCCAACAACUUUUCCGGGUUUUCGGAUGACUUUAAUCCAACGCGUAGAUUGAAUCUCAGAGAUCGUCCAUCCAACGGUGGAGAUCUGCUCACCUCGUUCUAUAAAUAGGUGCAUCCUGGAGAAAAACUGUUCACACCAAAGAAAAGAAAUUUUCCCCAGCCAUUCUCUCUCAAACUCUGCAGUCUUCCUCUCGAAACUCAAAUCCUUUCUUCAUCAAUUUCAAUCCUUCUCUUCUGAUCUUCUCUCCCAUUUGAAGAUUCGAUUUCAUCUUUCCUCUGAGAAUCUCAGAUCUCCAAUCACCAGUUCAACAACUCCAAUCCUUCUAACAAAAUCUCCCUCAAACACUAAACCAUGUAUUCCUCGAUAUUCACAUCCUCUCACCUCAUGACCCAAGAGCCACGAACUCUGCAACUAAUGGAGCUCCAAACCCCGCAACAAAUGGAACCACAACAACAGCAACCAACAGAGGAGGGAGGAAACACCCAAGCAGCUGGAAGUAGUGCCAACAUGGAUUUCUGGCGAAGCCGUACCAGAUGGAUUCCUACUCCAGAACAAAUAAGAAUCCUCAAGGAUCUUUACUACGUCAAGGGAUUUAAGUGCCCAUCUACAGAGCACAUUCACGAGAUCUGCCUCCAGCUGAACCAGUAUGGACAUGUUGAGGGUAAGAACAUUUACUUUUGGUUCCAGAACGUCAGGGCUCGAGAGAAGCAGAUGAAUAGGUGUAAUCAGGCUGCUCCAGUGCCCAUGGGAACUAGUUCUCUUGGUACUGGUGGAUCCAUCGAUCUCAAUUUUGGGUCCACUGGUUCUACUGGUGCUGGUGGAUCCAUCGACAUCAAUUUUGGGCCAGCUGGUGGAUCCAUCGACAUCAAUUUUGGGUCCACUAGUUCUACUGAUGAUGGUAGAUCCAUUGAUCUCAACUUUGGUUCCACCUAUUCUACUGGAGGACAAACAUCCCUACAACAACGAGGAGGAGAUCACCAGGAGGUUCAAACUCUUCCUCUGUUCCCCGUGCACGGCGAGGACGUCUUUGGUAACCUGAAGACUACUUCCGAGGAAGGUAGCGCAUUUGGUUACUAUUCUGGUGGCUCAGGCGGUUACCACAGUGGCUCAAACGUUUCUCUUGAGCUCAGCCUCAACCCAUCCGGAGCUGCUGACUAGGCUUAGUAUAGAAUAGUCCUCGUUUCCCUUUUUGUAAUAUAAAAUCAAUAAGAUUGUGUGCAUGUUUUCUUUUCUUUUUGUUUAACCAACAACAACACCAAGGAUCGAACCUUGGUCACUCAAUACUCUUUUCAAAACCAUCGAGAACUCUGCUGCACACAUCUUUCAUAAUGAUGCAAUAAAAACAAUCACUCAAAACCUAGCAAUCAAUUAAGUCACACAGAGGUCAAGCUAGUAUCCUCUGAGUCAAACCAAACACAAUAAUUUCGUCGCUAGAAUUAGGGAUUAAUAAAGCUAAACACUUCCUGAGUUAGUUAGGAAAAACCCACAUCUUUAGAGUUACACUUACAACUCUAAAAAAAAUCUCGAUCAUUCCAUCUAUCAAUUGCUUCAACAAGCAAUAUGUACCAUCUUAGCAUCCACUAAUCGAUACUGGUACAACACUCAGUAUCUCACCCACGAAUCACCUCACUGCUCAUUUGGUGGUAAGUCAACAUCUAGUGGUCAAAAUUCUGUGAUUAUAGCACUUCACACUAACCACGUCAUAAUCCAUAAUCUGUCCUCACAACAGUAUCUGGCCUCAUAAAUUAGUUAUACAACCCUAGCACUCCUAGAGUUGAAAACAACGUUAUUACCUAAGCUCAUACAUCAACACAAUGUCUCUUCACAGUCAAUCCUAUCACGAGGUCAUAUCAAUCUUUCCAUAAGUCAACCAUACACAAAAUCCAUCAUAGUAACAACGAAUUAUGCAUUACUACUCAACAAUAGUCAGUGAAGCAGCACUCCACAAUAAUUUCCAAUACCAUCCGCAGACCUCAAACCACACCCCGACAUUUAGCUAAUAUAUAGUAGCUAUCCUAAACACCAAACAACUGAGCAUGAAUGAAUGCUCCAUUAUAACACAAUUCCAUCACUAAGCAACCAAUAACUGCUAAGUAUUCUUCAACUCAAAACAUCUGCA